GAGCGGCAGGGCGAGAGGCUGCAGCAGUACUCCGCCCGGUCCAGCCUGAAGCUCCGGGGAGCCUCUAGCCCCAUCUUCACUCCCACCAUGGACGUCUUUAAGAAGGGGUUCUCCAUUGCCAAGGAGGGCGUAGUGGGUGCUGUGGAAAAGACCAAGCAGGGGGUGACAGAGGCGGCUGAGAAGACCAAGGAGGGAGUCAUGUAUGUGGGAGCCAAGACCAAGGAGAACGUGGUGCAGAGUGUGACCUCAGUGGCUGAGAAGACCAAGGAGCAGGCCAAUGUGGUCAGCGAGGCCGUGGUCACCAGUGUCAACACAGUGGCCACCAAGACCGUGGAGGAAGCAGAGAACAUCGUGGUCACCACUGGGGUGGUGCGCAAGGAGGACUUGGAGCAACCUACCCCGCCACAGGAGGACCAGGCAGCCAAAGAAGAAGAGGUGGCUGAGGAGGUUAAGAGUGGAGGCGACUAGAAGGCUGCCAGCCGGCUGUGGAGAUACCCCCCCAGACACACCCCUCUGCCUUAGAGCCCACCCCCACACAGCAUACGUGCCCAGUGUGGAAUGCCCAGCAGGCUGCCCAUGCUCCUGCGCUGUCCCUGAGCCUCCACCUCCUGCGGGCCCCACCCGCUCCUGUCCUUCUGACCCCGUAAGACCAGAUGCUGCUGUGAACUUCCAUUCCCUUUUUAAACAUGAUUUCAAAUAAAACGAGCUCCAACCU